UCGCAUUUUUGUUUUCUUGCAUGACUAGCGGAACUCGGACACCGAGUCGGAAAUUAGCCUUCUCGUCCACACUUGGCGCACUUUUAAGGACCCCCCUGUUCUCAGCUCCGAGUCAAUAUACGAAGGCUUUGUCGUAAAAUUUAGAAUUUAUGUACACACGCCGGUCAGUCACAACAGCUUCAUAAAGGCCGUGCACUUGACCUCACUCAUCCAACACAAUUAAGAAGGUUACAGUCACCUAAUUAAUCCAUGAUUGAAUGCCGUGCCCUUCGCAUGAUAACUGAACUGACCGGUGCAGUGGAACACUGUGCCGCUUUGUUAGGUGCUGGGCGCGUGCCGGUCUACACUGCCGAGGACCGACCGUGCUUGAACGAAUGGCUGAACUCAGCCUGGCAUUUUGUUGGUGAUUGCUUCCCGUGGGUUGGCAAGUAUUCAUUUAUACACUAUGGCCUCGUCGCCCAAGAGCCACUGGGAGUGGCUAGAAGAGACGGAGGCGUUGUUCACCAGGUUGGAGGCGGAGCCAGGAUGGACGCAGAUGAGGAGUUCGAAGACCGACCACCAGACCAAGCACGUCUUCUCCCGGGCAGUGACAGAGAACGGGCCCAUCAUCCAUUUUGGGGUUUUCCUGCACGAAAACGACGGAAAGCUGCGGGGCCUGUGUCAGUUUGGGGAGGAUGCCAACUCUUACAUGAAAGGAUUGGUUCACGGCGGCGCCAUUGCAACAAUGCACGACACCACGACGGGCGUUCUAGCGAUGAACAUGGGCGCCAAGUUGAUGUACACACGCUACCUCAAUACCACGUUCCUGAGGACGACGGUCCUCAUGGAGGCUGUCAUUGACAAAGUGGACGGCAACAAGACGUUCUUGAAAGGAUACCUGAAGAGUCCCGAUGAGAAAACAGUCUACUCAGAAUGCACAGCUCUGUAUGUGAAUGCCGAUAAGGCUGCUGGAAGUAACAUGUAAUUGGAUUUUUUAAGGAACUUGUAUUAUUUAGUGUCAGUAUCUUAAUAUUUCUCUCUGUUUUACUUGUGUGGUUGUGUAAGACGGAUGCAUCAUUUGUGUUCUCUGGUGCUAAGAAGCAAGAAAACGAUAUUGUUUGGUUGGAGAACGACACUCGCGGUUCCUUUAAAAGAGCGUUUAAUUGCGGACGCUGUAGUUAAACUCAAAUAUUGGGGAAAAUAGUGAAAGUCGAUCGCUGUGGUGGAAUGAAGAGGAAUCUUUUCAGGUUUUUCACUAUGUUGCCGUUGGGUGCGUUAUGCUAGGAAAACAAUGAGGAGAGAAAUCACUGAAAACUUAUUUUUUGUUGUUGCAAAUUCGAGUCUUGGAAUUUUUGGUGGUGAAAGUGCACGAGGUAAUAAACUCACCUUUUAAUU